AUGCAGCCGGAGCACAGUAAGCAAGGUAUUGAGCUGGUAUCCAUUAAAACCUUGAAAAAGCAGGAAAUCCCACAAGAACACUGUUAUGGACAAUGUAGACCAGUCACAGAGUUUGAAAAACUCAAUCGAAUCGGAGAAGGAACUUAUGGUGUGGUUUACCGUGCUUGUGACACUGUUUCAAACAAAAUAGUUGCACUGAAAAAAGUAAGAAUGGAGAGAGAGAAAGAUGGCAUACCUCUCAGUGGAUUGAGGGAAAUAAGUCUUCUGUUAAAUCUGGAACACAAGAAUAUUGUGAAGCUUAUGGAGGUAGUUGUGGGAAAACACUUAGACAGUAUUUUUCUUGUCAUGGAAUACUGUGAGCAAGAUUUGGCAAGCUUACUAGAUAACAUGACAUCUCCUUUCCAAGAAUCACAGAUCAAGUGUUUGAUGUUACAGCUAUUCCAUGGAGUACAGUACCUUCAUGAGAAGUUUAUUGUGCAUAGAGAUUUGAAAGUAUCAAAUCUAUUGCUGACUGGGAAAGGAACCCUUAAGAUUGGUAAAUAAAGACAUAGUUUUAAGUCUUAAUUCAAUUAGCUCAUAAAAUGUUUGAACUCUUGUGUGCAUUAUCAAUUUGGAAUGCAGACAAGGAGGUUAGAUUGUCCUUGAAAGAAGUGAAGUGUGGCCUUUCAAAUUUGUCAGUUAGUUGUCAGCAAAGUAAAUUAUUAUUCCUGCUUUUAUUAGCAGUAUCUGCUAAAGUUUGCAUCCUUUUUUGAAAAUGCUUACCUUUCAGCUGAUAACCUUAACCCUUUUAUUAGUAUUCAUAUUCUCCACACUGAUCUCUUUACAUUUCAUAGGGUCCUGACAAGGAGAAUUUGUCAAAUGAUCAUGAGCUUCUUACAUUGGUGCUUACCACCUUUAUUCUUAUGACCAUUAAAUUUGAUUUAAUUAAGGCUGAUUCUGCAAGGAGAAAUCAGAAGCCAGUCACUCUAAGGGGUAAAAGGCUUGAAAUAGAAAUAUGAAGCAAUAUAAUUUAUUAAAUUUGGCUAAAGAAUUAUAGCUGCCCCAGGAGAAUUAGAUGCUUAUCUCUCUUAUGUAGUGUUGUUAAGUUGCCUUUGGGCAGCUGGUCUGCCCAUUUGGUUACCCAUACAAGGCUAUGACACUAAUUUUUGUGACCCAGUGGUAUACAGUCCUCUAAUUAAUUAUCAAUAUUUUAGAGAAAGAUGUUUUGCAUCUUGUCACAAACAUGCCAAAGAAAAAAAAUUUGAGUCCCCAUGAGGAAACAAGGCUCAGACCUUUGGAUUGCAGGCUCCGAUGCUCUACCACUGAGCCACAGAGACACUAUGGUGAGCAAGGCCAUCACUAAGUUCACGUAUGACAAGCAGCAUGCAUAUUGCAAGGAUCAGUCAGCAAUGUUGAUAGCAUCAUGUUCCUCAUGGGGUCUCAGAAUGUUUUAAUUUUUUUCUUUGUCCCACGCUUGUGACCAGACAUCGUUUUCUCUGUUUCUUUACUGAGCUCAAAAUUUACCAUCUUCCUCAUUCUUUUCAUCAUUUGUAUGUUAUGUUGUUUAGCCGACUUUGGUCUGGCCCGCACAUUUGGUUACCCAUACAAGGCCAUGACGCCGAUUGUGGUGACCCUGUGGUAUCGUGCACCAGAGCUCCUUCUUGGCUCCAAAGUACAAACCACAGCUGUGGAUAUGUGGGCUGUGGGCUGUAUUUUUGGUGAGCUCCUUGACAAUAAGCCCCUUAUGACUGGAAGAUCAGAGAUCAACCAGUUUCAGCUCAUUGUGGAUCUACUUGGAACACCAAGCGACCAGAUUUGGCCAGGAUUCACGAGCCUCCCUGGAGCCAAGUCCAUAAACUUCAAACGCCAGCCUUAUAAUAAUCUGAAACACAAGUUCUCGUGGUUGAGUCCCGCGGGACUAACUCUAAUAAAUCAUUUAUUGAUGUACGACCCGUGUAAAAGAGCCUCGGCGGCCGACUGUUUGCAGAACUCGUAUUUUGUCGAAAAACCACUCCCGGUGCAACCGGAUAUGAUGCCAACUUUUCCUGAGCACCGGAACCGGAACUACAACAAGAGGCCGUCUGAUCAUCGUGUUGGAGAGAAGCGGCCUGUUCCACAUGAGACGGAGUACGAGUUCCGAAGAGGGUUCGCUGAUUUUGGGCCUCACUUGCCUCAAAAAAAGAAAAAGAAAUGA